UUUAUUUGAAUUCUCAUCAUGGCUUCUUCUUCUCCUUCUUCUCCUUCUUCUUCUUCUUCUUCUCCUUCAAGAGUAUCAUCAAAGCGUUUGACCACAUUGGAGCAGGGGAUUACGCCCUCUUGUUCUUCUGUUAACUUUGCCACAGCACGCACUUCCCGCCCGCAUUCAUUCCACCAGCAACAGUUGGCACAGCCCCCGCUUGUCGUUGACUCUUGUUCUUUUACUCUUCAUCAUCACAACAACAAUCAACGGCGCUCUCGUGCAUAUUCCCCACACAAGCGUCACUCUCUUUUAGACUCUUCAACUAGUACAAGGAGGCCCAUGCCCGUUCCCACUCCCAUGACGGGUCCCGCACCACCACCACCAUCUGGAACGACUACGACUCCUAGCACAGGCACCACAACCACAACGACAACGAGUGCGACGAGUGCGAGUGUGAAUGUCACAACGGCAGCACCGAGUGCGACAAGAGCGACAAAGGCCGCUGCCGUGGAAAGAUGGCUCAGAGACACUCCUCUUCCCCCAGGCAUCAAUGUCGUGGGAAACAAUCAGCCAACCCCACGAACAUCGCGCGAUCGAAAACGACCGUUUGGAAACGACGUGCAACCGCAGAGAGGUCUCUCGUUUCCGCCAUCCGAUGGCAAAAAAGGGCCAAGUCCAAGCUCCCAAGUCCCCGCCGCUUUACUCAGCUCGGCCAAUGGGGGAAAUGUCCAUUUCUAUGGUCCACACUUUGGGCCGAGUGCCAAGCCUCAGACGAGCCCUCCGCGGUCGCCCCAAAAGUCACCUCCCUCAUCGCCCUCAAAUUUCCCCCCAAGGACCGUCUCUGCCGAGAAAUCUGGUGAGCGAACGUCUGUAAAUGGUCAGCAGAAUCUGAGCAGCGUUCUCUUUCCGCCUCGAGUCAGUAUCGACGAAAAGCAUAUUGAACAUGGACCUCACAAGGAGCGAAUGGCCGGUCGAACAACCGACAAGGCGCACAGAAUGUCAUUUCGUGUCGUCACGGCUACAAAUGCAAAACCCAUCGACGAAGAUGAAGAAAAGCCACUGGGUUUGACGCCGGCAGGUGUCCAGCGCAUGUCGGUGGUCAUGCAGCCCGUCGUGGCUGAGCCUCUACCUCUUGCAGACGACUCACAAGAUGAGAAACCAAAGCGUCACUCUCACCUCCCAGCAUCCAUUGUCAUUCCCGCUGUGGCACCCUCGGCAGAAGAUGCAGAAAAGGCCUCUCCGGAAUCGGAUCAGACUGACUCGAUUUUAGACGGCCGGCAAAUGCUCGGGGACGAUUACGCAGAGUCGACUGUUAGCUCGAGCUCGGAAUUUGUUCCUCCCAAAGUCUUGCUCAGAUCACAGCAUCGCGAGUCUCUUGUCCCCUCCCUCCACUCGGUGGACGAGGGAUCCGAGUCUGGCACGUCCUUUGGCGAGUCUAUUACCAUGGACGGCGGAAGCUCGGAUUUGGAAUCGGAUCUUGGAUCGAUAUCCUCCAAUGCCAUGGCCAAUGCCUCGCUGACAGAACGCAUGGAAGUCAUGAAACAGCGCGCCAAAAAGGCAAAGGACAGACUCCAAUCCUUUGAAGCGGCCCGGUUUAUUGUCGACAAUGUCCAGUUUAUCGACAAGAUGGAGCAAAAGCCGUACUGCGAGUUGGCUAUUAAGCAACUCAAAAAGUUGUCUAUUGCCGGAACUGUAGAGGCGCAAUAUUUGUUGGCCAAUCUGUAUAUUAGCGGUAUACCGGGCUUUCAGGAAAAGCACAAGCCCGACUAUUCAAAGGCGUUCAACUUGUACUCGUCGGCGGCCAAAAAAGAUCACCCCGAGGCACUGUUUCAUGUUGGAUUGUGCUAUGAGCAAGGAGCGGGUGUUGCGCAGAGUAAUAACCGGGCGCUGCACAAUUACCGCAAGGCGGCAGUGAGCAACCACCCAGGUGCCAUGUUUCGACUCGGCAUGUCCCUCCUCAAGGGCGAACUCGGCCAAAGCAAAAAUCCCCGCGACGGUGUCAAAUGGCUCAAGCUUGCGGCAAAAUACGCCAACGAAAAAUACCCUCAAGCCUUAUACGAACUGGCCCUCUUGCACGACCGAGGCGUCCAUAACGUUGUCUGGCCGGAUCACGAGUACCUUGUUGAAUUGCUGACGCAGGGAGCAGCCUUGGGACACGGUGCAAGUCAAUUUAAAUUGGGAGAAGCGUACGAGUAUGGGCAUUUUGGUGUUGUUGUAGAUGCGGGGCGGAGUGUGUAUUAUUACUCUUUGGCUGCAGCGAAUGGCAGUUUGGAGGCCAUGUUUGAAUUGGGCGGCUGGUACCUCACAGGCGCCGACGAUCCCAAAACCGACUUUCACCUCAUCCAAUCCGACACGGAAGCUCACCGCUGGGUCAGUCUCGCCGCCGAAGGCGGCCUCCCGAAAGCCAUGUUUGCCAUGGGCUACUUUUGCGAAAUGGGUAUUGGACGUGAUAAGCACCUUGAAAAGGCUUUGGAAUGGUACCGAAAAGCAGCGGCGGGUGGUGACGCUAAAGCCAAAAAGAAAUUGGAAGAGUUGGGUGUACCAGAGAUGGGCAAACAACGCAAGGUGGCCGAACCGGGUGUGAAAAAGAUCAAGAAGGGGACGCGGUGUCUUGUCAUGUAGAUUUGUUUUUUUUUUGUUCUUUUUCUCUUUUAUAGUUGUAUGGGCGUGGUAGUGUAUUGUAUAUUAUAUAGGUCUUGUAAUUUUGGGGGCAGGGGGACGGUAUGUGGUUGUAUGUGUGUCGUUUUUCUACGAUAAUGGAGUAGUGCGUUAUUUCUUUUUUGAUUAUUGUUUUUUGUAUGGGGUUGCAUGAUAGAAACAUAUCCCCCAAUAAAGCACUUGCAAAACUCGACGAGUUUAUUGCAAUCAACG